CCGCCUCAUUCGAAGUCGAAAUGAACCCUGUGAGCAUGACGAAAUCUUGCAGUAAAAUGAAUUGAUCGUUACAUCAUCCGGAGUAAAGCUCCGUGUACUCCAGUAUUUAUUUAUUGAGCUGUUCCAGCGACUUUUGUCCUCAAAGUUUUCCUACAUCUCACCAUUAAAAAUUCAAUGAAGUCAUCAUGGAACGAAGAACAGAAGAACCACAGCGAACAGACAGUUCUCGCGCUGACUCCGAAUGGAAAGCAGACCCUGGUUUGGGCAACCUUGUUCAUGGAUCAGAUACCAAGGGCUCAGAUGUAGACAGAUCGAAAAAGGCUGCUGAGAUGCCGGAAGGUGACUUUGAAGACCAUAGUGCGAGUGGUGGUGGUAGUCGGGGGGUAAAGGGCUGGACUGGAGAUGGUAAGGGACCUUUGAAUCCCUAAGCUGCUGCAGGGCUUCGGGAGGAAAUAAUUAUCAUUAUAACUAUUGAUUUGUUAAUGGAUUCGUCUCUAAGU